AUGGACUCGCCGGUGCCGCUCGUGUGCCUCCUCCUCCCGCUGCUGCUGCAAGGGACCGGGGCUCGGGCCCAAGGCUGUGGCUACCGACCAGACUUUGAUGCGCCCCAUGCCUCCCUUUUGGGCAAUGCCCGCAUCGUGGGGGGCACGAAGGCUCGUGCUGGGAAAUGGCCCUGGCUGGUCAGCAUUCAGACCAGCUCCUACCACUUCUGCGGGGGGAGCAUCGUGCACCCCUGGGAAGGCAUCAGGGUGGCGGCAGGGAGCAACUACCUGGGCAGGAACAACGUCACGCGCUGGGUGCGCAAGAUCCACCUCCACCCGCUCUACAACCCCAAGACCUACGACAACGACCUGGCGCUGCUGCUGCUGCACAAGCCCAUCCCCCACAGCUGGUUCCACACCGCCCUCUGCCUGCCGGACCACACCAUCGUCCCGGACGACAACAUGUGGGACAGCUGCUUUGUGGCUGGCUGGGGCCUCACCAAAGCCGGCUCAGAUUUCGGCUCUCUUGAGUUGCUGGACAUCCAGGUGGGCCUGGUGGACUGGAUCUUGUGUCUGCGCUGGCUGCACUCCAUCACCAGGAACAUGAUGUGCGCCGGGUAUGAGGAGGGCGGCCGGGAUGCCUGCCAGGGGGACAGCGGGGGACCCCUGAUGUGUCUCCCGCCCAGCCACAGCGGCCACGGCAGCCCCCGACGCUGGUACCAAGUGGGCAUUGUGAGUUGGGGUCGCAGCUGCGCAGCCCCCCGCAGCCCAGGCGUCUACACACGAGUCUCCAACUACCACUCCUGGCUGGAGCAGACCUCGGCGCACGAUGGGCGCCCCUUCCAGGUGCCCCAGAUCCCCGUCAGCCCCUCCCCGCAGCACGAGAAGCAGAACAACCUCUGGGCUGACGUGGACAGCGGCGUGGUCCCCGUGGCCCUCCCACUCGUGCUCUGCUCUCCCACCCUGGCGGUGCUACUCUGGGCCCUGGGCUGA